AGAGUCUCGGGGCUGGAGUUAUUAGAGCUCCCUUGGAUUUCUGCUCCAUCAACUCGUUUUCAUAACCGGUCGAGAAGAUGAAAGCUCGGGUGUGCUGCUCUUUAACUGCUGUUUUGCUGUGUCUCUCUGUGUGCUUGAGCACAACAGACGCCAAAGGACGUGUCACAAAAAAGCCAGGAGUGUGUCCAAGGAACAACAUAAUAGGAAUUUGUGUUGUGAGGGAGAAUAACUGUUUCAAUGACGGAGACUGUCCGAAUGAUCAGAAAUGCUGCAGUUAUGGAUGUGGACGUCAGUGUAGGAGUCCAUAUAGAGCAAAGCCAGGAGUGUGUCCAAGCAAAACCCUUGGAGUAGGACUGUGUGUCACGUCGUGUUCCCUAGAUAGUAACUGUCCGAAUGAUCAGAAAUGCUGCAGCAAUGGAUGUGGACAUCAGUGUAUGGCUCCAUAUAAAGAAAAACCAGGAGUGUGUCCAAAAACAACUCCCAUAAUAAAAGGUGUUUGCGCGGAGUUGUGUUCUCAUGAUGGUGACUGUCCGAACGAUGAGAAAUGCUGCAGCAAUGGAUCUGGACAUCAGUGCACGGCUCUACCUAAAGAAAAGCCAGGAUCAUGUCCAAAACCCCUUGGACCCGGACUGUGUGCUGAGAUGUGUUCUGGUGACAGUAGCUGUCCAAACAACCAGAAAUGCUGCAGCAAUGGAUGUGGACAUCAGUGUAUGGCUCCAUAUAAAGUUGGACCAGCAAAGCCAGGAGUGUGUCCUAGAAACAAUGUUAAAAAAUUGGUGUUAGGAGUGUGUGCUGAGAUGUGUUCCUAUGACAGUGACUGUCCGAAAGAUCAGAAAUGCUGCAGCAAUGGAUGUGGACAUAAGUGUAUGCCUCCAUAUAAAGAAAAGCCAGGAGUGUGUCCAGGCAAAAACCUCAAAAUAGGAGUGUGUGCUGAAUCAUGUUCCCAUGAUGGUAACUGUCCAAACAAUCAGAAAUGCUGCAGCAACGGAUGUGGACAUCAGUGUAUGGCUCCAUCUAAAGAAAAACCAGGAGUGUGUCCAAAAACAACUCCCAGAAUAAAAGGUGUUUGCGCUGAGUUGUGUUCUCAUGAUGGUGACUGUCCGAAUCAUCAGAAAUGCUGCAGCAAUGGAUGUGGACAUCAGUGUACGGCUCUACCUAAAGAAAAGCCAGGAGUGUGUCCAAAAAUGAAUCUUAAAGAUUGUGCUCAGUUGUGUUCCCAAGACGGUCAAUGUCCGGAUGAUCAGAAAUGCUGCAGCAAUAAAUGUGGACAUCGGUGUGUACCUCCAUAUAAAGAAAAGCCUGGAGUGUGUCCAAAAAUCCAAAUAUUAGGAGUGUGUGAGGAGUUGUGUUCCCUCGACGAUGACUGUCUGAAUGAUCAGAAAUGCUGCAGCAAUGGAUGUGGACAUCAGUGUAUGGCUCCAUCUAAAGCAGUAAAGCCAGGAUCCUGUCCAAAACCCACUGGACCCGGACUGUGUGCUGAGAUGUGUUCUGGUGACGGUAGCUGUCCAAACAAUCAGAAAUGCUGCAGCAAUGGAUGUGGACAUCAGUGUAUGGCUCCAUAUAGAGAAAAGCCAGGAGUGUGUCCAAAAAUGAAUCUUAAAGAUUGUGCUCAGUUGUGUUCCCAAGACGGUCAAUGUCCUGAUGAUCAGAAAUGCUGCAGCAAUAAAUGUGGACAUCGGUGUGUGCCUCCAUAUAAAGAAAAGCCUGGAGUGUGUCCAAAAAUCCAAAUAUUAGGAGUGUGUGAGGAGUUGUGUUCCCUCGACGAUGACUGUCUGAAUGAUCAGAAAUGCUGCAGCAAUGGAUGUGGACAUCAGUGUAUGGCUCCAUCUAAAGAAAAGCCUGGAGUGUGUCCAAAAAUCCAAAUAUUAGGAGUGUGUGAGGAGUUGUGUUCCCUCGACGAUGACUGUCUGAAUGAUGAGAAAUGCUGCAGCAAUGGAUGUGGACAUCAGUGUAUGGCUCCAUCUAAAGUUAAACCAGGAGUGUGUCCCAGGAGAGGACCUGGAGCAGGAUUGUGUCAUGUGUUUGACUGUGUUGAUGACAUUGACUGUCCGGACAAUGAGAAGUGCUGCAGCACAAGAUGUGGACGUGAAUGUAAACCUCCAUUUACCCUUCCAGAAAAGCCAGGAGUGUGUCCAAGAAACAACGUAAUAGGAAUUUGUGUUGUGAGGGAGAAUAACUGUUUCAAAGAUGGCGACUGUCCUAAUGAUCUGAAAUGCUGCAGUUACGGAUGUGGAAGUCAGUGUAUGGCUCCAUAUAGAGAAAAGCCAGGAGUGUGUCCUAGGAACAACAUAAUAGGAAUUUGUGUUGUGAGGGAUAACUACUGUUUCAAUGACAGUGACUGUCCUAAUGAUCAGAAAUGCUGCAGUUAUGGAUGUGGACGUCAGUGUAUGGAUCCAUAUAGAGUGAGACGUGAUCCAUGACUCAAACCAGAUAUGUGCUGAUCACUCUUCCCAUGAUGAUCAGUAACCUGCCAGACAGAAGUGUUGCCCAACCACCAGUGGACAUGCAUGCAUGCAUCUCUCUCUGUCUGUCUCUCCAUGCUAUACUUGAGAUCUUUUGCAUACAUUAAAUAAAUCUCAAAGCUUAGUGAAACUUC